GAAGCUCAAUCGAUCAGCCCAUCCUAGUCUCAGGAGAACAGUCUGAAGCUUCAGAGAGGAAACUCCUUGCCAUUGCCAUGGAUCUACUGUGGAUGGUUUUGACUUUGGCCGCGUGCGCAUCAGCUGUGCCCGAGCAGUACAGCAGAGCAGUGGAUUGGUUGAGCAGGUAUGGUUAUCUUCCUCCUCCCGACCCGCGGACGAGUAAGCUGCAGACCAAGGAGGCCAUCGAGAAAGCCAUUCGAGUCAUGCAAAGAUUUGGUGGUGUGAGGGAAACCGGAAUGCUUGAUGGUGAAACGCUACGCCUCAUGUCAACACCGCGAUGCUCUCUUCCCGAUAUUGUCGGGACCGAGGACAAGUUGAAAAAGAGGAGGAGGAGGAGGAAAAGAUAUGCGCUAUCAGGACUUAAGUGGCACAAAAGUGACCUAACCUGGAGUGUCCACAGCUACCCAUUGCCAUCCCUCUCCCCUGGCCUUCCUUCCACCUUGGUGGACAGCAUCUUUACUCACGCUUUCAAAGCCUGGAGUGAUGUCACUCCCUUGACGUUCCGCCGCUCGGGCAAGGAAACCAGCGCCGACAUCAAAGUGUCGUUCAACCGCUUGCUGCACGAUGAUGGGUACCCCUUCGACGGGGAGGGGGGCACUCUGGCCCAUGCUUUUUUCCCAGGCAUGGCUGAAAUUUCGGGCGAUACACACUUUGACAAUGACGAGAGGUGGAGCUAUGGAGGGGCCAGCGGUGGCACUACAGACUUGUUCACGGUGGCAGUGCACGAGUUUGGCCACGCGCUCGGCCUGUCCCAUUCCUCCUCUGACCCAUCCAUUAUGAGGCCAUAUUACCAGGGUCCCGUGGGAGAUAUCCCCCACUUCCAGCUGGCCCUGGAUGACAAACUGGCCAUUCAGCAGCUCUAUGGCACCAAGGAUGGUGAGCGACCAGGAGGUGUUGAUCCAAAUCCCCCCCGGCUGCCCAGCCCACCUCCACCCAGACCGACGAGGCCGUCCGACCCAACCGUUCCUGGCCGCUGCAAUGGAGGAUUUGACGCGGUGGCCAACAUCAGAGGAGAAGUCUUUUUCUUUAAAGGUGCCUAUUUCUGGAGAACCAAGCGAGACGGAAUGCUGGUGUCCCUCAAUCCGGCUCAGAUCCAAAAUUUCUGGAUGGGUCUUCCUCCAGGAACUGACAGGAUCGACGCUGUGUAUGAGAGGAAGAGCGACAGCAGUAUCAUCUUCUUCAUUGGAUCUCAGUACUGGGUCUUCAAGGACACGGUGGCCAUGAGCGGAUAUCCACGGCCCCUCUCUGAUUGGGGGAUGAGGAGGAAGAGCGGUGCUGUGGUCGACAGGGUGGACGCCGCCUUCAUCUGGGCACAUAAUGGCAAGACCUAUCUGUUCAGCGAAGGCGAAUUUUGGAGGUUUGACGAAACCCGUAAAGACCAGCAGGUGAUCGGGGAGCCUGAACCGGGCUAUCCACGCGAUAACGACCUGUGGACCGGAGUACCCUCCCAUAUGGAUGACAUCAUCAGCUGGGGCGAAGGUGACGCCUAUUUCUUCAAGGAUAACCACUACUGGGUAAUCAAAAGCGGAGGACUGGACCAAGAUGUCGUAAUCCCAAAUUCUAUCGGCGUGGACUGGCUCCGAUGUCCCGCUACUACGCCGUCCUUCGCUCCGGCCAAUCCUAAAGACCCGAAAAGAUGUAGCUGCGACCUCAUGGGCUCAUCAUCAUCAUCGCUAAGAAGCAGCUUCCUUUUGGUGUCUCUUUUGGUCAUUAAGGAAUUUAUUCAUAAAUCACUGUUGUAGAGGACCUGGAUUUGUAACAUUAUGAAAAAAAGGAAUAUUUUUUUUCUUUAAAAAAAUUAAAAAUGCGUCAUCAUGGCUGUCAUGACAUGGGCGUUAUCAUCAUUCUCACAGCAGACGUCCUCAGUCCUCAAUCAGUUUAAUCUGCAAAAACAAUCAAGGUGGUAACAUACACUGAUCACAUGAUUAGUCUGUACCUGUACAGUACAUAGCUGGCACUUUUAAAGGGACAGUCACUCACAGGGCAGGUUGCAGCAUUGAGUAAUACGUUAAUUGGGUCACCAGAACCUAAUCCAUCACUGUCAAGUCUAUAUCAGAUCUGUGAUGACAUGUGGAUCAUUUUUUAUUUUUGGCUCCACCCAAACACACCCUUAGAUUUAAUUGCUGGUUGCACUCUCAAGUCAAGUACAUUUUUGGCUAAUGCUUGAGUAAUUAUCGAAAAAAAAAAAAAGCACAUCAAGUGGUUCAGAGACAAUCACACAAAAGGUGCGCACAUUUAUUGGCAAGUGUCACUUGAACAGAUGUAAUCAGUCUUGCAGGAAAUAAAAGGCUGUGAUGUAUUUUGUGUUUUGGGUUUCUUGUGGCUCGCUCGGAACUCCUUUAAGUUUCACCUAUAUAAUCAUUUGAAGUUCACGCACAAAACUUGACAAAAAAGUCACAGUUUUGUGCAAAGUUGUGCAUCACCGGGCAAACUCCAUCAUACAAUUCAUAAAGGUCAAAUAAAUAGAAAUAUUUAUAAUAUAAAAGCAACAAUAGCUUCAUUCUGUGUGUGACCGUAAAAAGGUAGCAGCUGGUGUUUCAACUUAAAACUAUAUUUAGCAAUUUAAAAUGUAACAUUUGUAAAGGUGCUAGCCUCACUUUGACAUCCUGCAGCGAGGAUUUAUUUAUUACAGAAUUUGAGUAUUAUUCUUAAAGUAGAUUAGGUUCCACACAUAAAAAAAAAAA